AUGGCGGGUCUAGGGCGGCCCGGUCCGGGACCCCGCGCCGCUCUGCCUGCCUGGAAACGAGAGAUCCUGGAGCGAAAGCGCGCCAAACUGGCUGCUCUGGCCGGGGGCGCGGCACCCGGACCUGAGAUGAGGGCAGCGGAGACCGCGGCGCCGGCGGCCGAGCGGCUGGUGCUGGCCGAGAGCCUGGGCCCGCUGUGCGAGAACCCGUUCAUGCGGCUGGAGUCGGAGCGGCGGCGCGGGCGCGGGCGGCGGGCGGGAGCCACGGGGGCGCGGCCAGCGCCUCCCCUGCUGGAGCUGUGUGUGCCGGGACUGCGCACCAUCCGCGCCGACAACAUCCUCAUCAUCGAGUCGGCGCCCGGCUUUGCUCCCGCGCCGCCUGGCCGUGGCGCCGCUGCAGAGAUUCGCGCCACCGAAGUGGUGGUGUACGAGGCGGCGCCGGUGCCGGGCCGCGUUAGCCGGCUGCUGGAGAAGUUCGACCCGCCGGCCGGCGCCGCGUCGCGCCCGCCCUCUCCGCCGCGCCGCCGCGGGAGCCCUGAGCGCGCUCGCACACCUGCGCCACUUUCGCCGGGGAUACCAAAGCCUCCACCCGCGGUCCGGGGUCCGCCUGCCGCCCCGCGCGUGGGCGAGCGCGCUGCCCGCUUCGAGCAGGAGCAUCUUGGCGGCGGGGCCUUCUCUGGAGCCCGGCGAAGCGACUUCCUGCAGAAGACUGGCAGCAACUCGUUCACCGUGCACCCUCGUGGCCUGCACCGCGGCGUGGACGCGUGCCCACUCCCCAGUGGGCGUGCGGCCCCUGAGCCCCAGGCCAGCCCUGCCAAUGGCCUCGCGGGCCCCCUACCUGGGCCAGUGUCCCCUAAGGCGACCCAGGGCUCGAGUGAAUGGAAGCCAAAGGUGGUGACGGGGGACAUCCCCCUCCACCCGGUCCCCAGCCCAGGACCCUCCAGUGCCACUCCAGCUGUGCCUCCGGCCUUCUCCACGCCCAGUCCUGCCAGUGCCACUCCCAGCCAGCGCCAGUGGGUUUCAGCAGCCACCAGCCCCAACAACUCCUUUGAGAUAAGGCCAGCUUCCAAGCCAGACAUGGAGACCAUUCCCCACGGAGACCUCCAAGCGCGAGCGCUGGCCAGUCUGCGUAUGAACUCCCGGAACUCCUUCGUGUUCAUCCCCAAGCACAAGGUCCCGGGGGCUGCUGUGACUGUGGGGAGGCAACCCGUGGAGCCGCCAAAAGGAGGGCAGGGCCGGGCCUCAAGGCCUGUGGAGCCCAGAGCGCAGCUGAUGCCUGGAGCAGAGUACACACCUGCCUGCCAGAGACACCCCUUGGGGGCCGAGCAGCCAUGGGUGGUAGAGGAGGGGGCCUGCCCCCGGCCAGCUACCUCUCUCACUGAGCGGACAGUGAGGCCACGCAGGUCCCCAUCGCCACCCCUUUCACCCCGGGCUGCCGAUGAAGCUGAGCCUACCCAGGGCUUCCAGGCUUCCACCUUGCCCAGGAAUGGCCAGGAACCUGGCCAGCUCCCAGUCACCUUCAUUGAUGAGGUGGACGCUGAUGAGACUUCCCCAGAAGCCAGACUCCCUCCCCAGUACCACCACCCCACUGUGCCUGAGCACUCAGGACCUCAGCCCCACCAUGGAAUCACCUUCACAGUGGUGCCCAAGAGGAAGCCGGGGGCCCUGGAAGAGCAGCUGUCUGGCCAGGCUGGUGGGGAUACCCGGCAGCUGGAGGCUGAAGAAGGGGAGGCACGUGUCCCCGAGGGGCCCCACAAUGCCCUGGAGACCAGGUUCGACAAGCGCUAUCCCACUGUGCAUGAGAUCGAGGUGAUUGGAGGCUACUUGGCCCUCCAGAAGUCGUGCCUCUCGAAGGCUGGGUCCUCGAGGAAGAAGAUGAAGAUCUCUUUCAACGACAAGAGCCUUCAGACCACCUUCGAGUACCCCUCCGAGAGCUCCCUGAUUCAAGAGGAAGAGCAAGAGGCGGAAGAUGAAGAGGGGGAGUCUGAGGGGUCUGGCUCAGAGGGGGUAGCAGAGGAGACUCACUUCUCCCUCUUCCUGCCCCGGGCCACCUUCGUGAACAGCGUGGGAGUAGACAGCCCUCGGCUGCCUGGUGGCAGCUCAGGCCUGUCCAGCUACACUCCAAAACACUCGGUGGGCCUCAGCAAGUGGCAGGGACAGACGGUGGAGCCCCCUCCUCCCGAGGUGGAGCCCCUUUCCAAGGAGGUCAUGCUCACGCCUGCAGGCCAGAACGACCUCUCGGACUUCCGCAGUGAGCCGGCGCUCUAUUUUUGA